UGUUCUAGAAGAAAAUUUAUUUCAUUAAUCAAUUAUUUCUAUUUUAUUCUAUUAUUUGAAUCUCAAUAUUUAAUAGUGUAAGCAAUGUAAUAAUAGUUUUUACUCGCUAUGAGCAAGAAAGAAUUUUCGUUUAGUCGUCCAUCAUUUUAUUUCCUCCUUUCAUAAAAAGCGUGUAUGCGCGAAUCUUUUUUGCGCCACAAAUUUUCCGUUUCCGCCGAGUGAUUUACACCUUUCGGACAAUUACACGAACAUCGCCUCUCUCCUCGUCAUCGUAGUGACAUUUUAUCAUGAUUACGCUGGCCGCCAGUCUUUGGUCACGCAUCGACGCAGGCGAGGAUACGGGCGAGGAGUCGGGAUCGAGAGGCGAAAAUGGCGGUGGAGACGCCGACGAAUUGUUUCCGAGGUAUAAGCAAGAAUUAUGAUCCGUCUACGUCGCUGUGCACGCUCCUCUACUUCCCCCUUUUUUUUCCCUCAUUCCGUUCCCCUGUUCGAUGGAACGAGCAGUGGUGACAUUCGAAAUUUGUUGGGAAGAGGAAAGGUUAGGGUCGAAAGGGAGAAUGAUCUAAAUAAUGUUUAAAAGUUCGUCGGGUGCAUUAUGAGAAUUUUUCAGAAUGAUGCGGAUGGAUUCGUAUAAUACGAAGAGAUGUUAGAGUCGUAGAUUAAAUUUAUGGAAAUUAAGUUAACCGAAUAGUUUGAUGGUUGGUGAUAAUGAUAAAUGAAAUUGUAUCUAACGUGAUCUGGUACUUAAUAGCGACGAGUCGGAAAGCGAUAAAUUCAUUCGAACUAGAGUCUACUCUUUAAAUAAACCGUUCGAAAUAAUUAUGAUUAAAUGCGAUUUGCUUUUGAAUUGAAUAUUCCGGUUUGUAAUAUAACUUUUUUUUUGAUAAACACAUCACGCAUAUAUUUUUAAAAACUGUUUUUAAAUUUUUCUUUUUAACGUCCGUCAUAGCAGGAUCGUAAGAUAAUACCGGAUUCGUAUAAACUUUGAUUUUUUGUGAUUUUGGCCUAACGUUCAACAUGCACAAUUAAAUACACAAAUAAAUACCCUUAAAGUAAAAUAAUCAAACUUUCGUGUAUAUCAACCAGUAGAAAUUCGCAUUGUAUCUCUCCUACGCGCGUUUUUCCCAUUUUUCCUUCGACGCGUUGUUCCGGCGCACAGGGGUUACGACACAGCGUGGAGCGAAAAAUGGGCGAGAGAAAGACAGCGACGCAUGGAGGAGGGGAUCGGCUGUAGACGAGGGAAAAGCGAGGCUGGAGUAAUGGGGUGGGGGUUCGUCACGGUAGGAGGGGUUGGUUUCGGGGGGAUUCGGGGUGGGGUGCGCUGACAGCUCGACGCUCUCGUCCGCUCCACGCUCGACAGGAGGAUACGCUUCUCUGCACACAUUCACCGUCACAGUCGCACACACGCUCACGUCUCCAGGCUAUACACUCACACUUGAACGUGUAUAUGUGUUUGUGUAACGCAACAUGUCCCUUUUUUUCUUCAGUUUCGCGUUCGGCUCGUCUUCGUCUCCUAUACGUGCACGCACGCACACAUCUUUCUCGCGUCCGCCACGAGCGACCCUCUCUCUCUCUCUCUUUUUUCUCCUUCCGUCUUCGUUUCUCUGGCCGCGCGUUGGUCGCUCGUGUGCGCGCGUUAGCCGUCACAUUGUGUAGUUUCGUUUCUGUCUCUACUUCUGCCGAGUCAGAAGUCUCUGACACGGACGCGCGGAGUCGUAUUGCGUCGUUCGUAUACGCUUCUCGUUCGAUGACAGUUCGGUGGAGGAUCGGAGAGCCGUGGUCAUGAUCGUCGCGAAUUUACUCGCGAAACGUUCGUGCGCCGGUGAACGCAGGACACGUGAUCCCCGAACGUGACGUUACCGAGCUCCCACGUGUCUGUCAGUGAAGAGUCGCGCGGCGUCAGUGAUGGUGGACGGACGCGUGGAAAUUAUUCUACGUUCACGUCGAACGAUGGUGUAAAUACGGUUGACACGAAUCGUGGAAAACUUCGAUGCGAAAGACAUUUUCUUCGUUCGAAGAAUAUCGAGUAUCCGGUAGCUUUGAUGUGACUCGUGCGCUUUUCGCGAAUCGUUGUACACUUAUCGACGGUUACUCGACGUUUGAACGUUCUCGACGAAAAUGAAUGCCAACCGUUAUUUUCGAACUAGUGAGUCGUACAUCGAACGGUGCUUACAGUGUUUAAAUAAGUUUAAAUAAGUUUCGAUGUUAUUACGAUAGUGAAUUAUCAGACAUUUUUCACCAUUUCCGAAAAUUCAUCGCGAGAAGAAGAGAAACGAAGCAUUUUCCGCAUUCUUUCAAGUGCGGCACAACUUCGUUAGCAGGGUGGACAGAGGAACGGAACGUGUCUGGAGCGGCUUGGCGUUUUGAACGAAGAUACCGCACGAACGAAGGAGAACUCUGAUUACCAUCUUAACAACCCCCCUCGUGUACAAGUUUUAAAACCACCCCCCAACAGUCCCAAUUCUCAUAACUCACGGUUCUAUUAAGUGCUCCAGUUUCUUCGUUUCUUCUCACGUAAAUGGGAUAACGUAAGUGCGAUAAGACGGGCAAGAAAGUAAAAGGCGGGAGGGAGAAGGAGAAGGAAAGAGAGGAGGACGAAACGGGACGGAGAAGGAGGAUAAAAAGGAGGAAGAGAAGAGAAAAAUAAUUAAUUCGAUGCCGAUUCGAUAAGUGAUUCGAGGUGAUGUUGGUGUGAUACGAGUGUGAGUGUUGUACGAGAGUGUGUUGUGGAGGGGAGGAGUCGCGCUGGUGAUGUUUCGCGUGUAGAUAGAAAAAAAAAGAAAAAAAGGAAAAAAAAAAAAUUACCCAUGUAUACGUAAGGACGUGUGUCGCAGUGUGUCCGUUACUCGAGUACAAAAGAGGAAUAUAAAUAAAAAAAGAAAAAAAAGAAAGCCUACAAGUAACAAAACCGAGGGAGACGAAAGAGAAAGAGAAAAACCGAGCGAGUGGUCAGGGGGGGGAAAGAGGAGCGAAUCCCGAUCGAAUCAAAGGUGAAAGACACUCGAAGGGAAGGGCAGGGAGAGGAGAAGAGUGUGGCGAAUAACAUAACAGGGGAAAAAAGGAAAAGGAAAAAAGAGAAAAAAAAGGGAGCGAGGUGGAAUCAGAAGGUGGGCCAGGUGGGACAGUAGCAUGAGUUCGUACUUCGCGAAUUCGUACAUCCCGGACCUGCGUAAUGGCGGGGUGGAACACCCGCAUCAGCAUCAGCAGCACUACGGUGCGGCCGUCCAGGUGCCCCAGCAAACGCAGUCGGUGCAGCAACAGUCCCAGCAGGCCGGCGACCCGUGCGACCCCAGCCUCCUGCGCCAGGGCGUGCCCGGCCACCAUUAUGGGGCGGCGGGCAGUCAGCAAGAUAUGCCUUAUCCGAGGUUUCCGCCCUACAAUCGGAUGGACAUGCGUAACGCGACGUAUUAUCAGCACCAGCAGGACCACGGGAGCAUGGACGGGAUGGGUGGGUACAGGUCGACGUCGCCCAGCCCCGGCAUGGGCCACAUGGGGCACACGCCGACCCCUAACGGGCAUCCGUCCACCCCGAUCGUGUACGCGAGUUGCAAGCUUCAGGCGGCCGCGGUCGAUCACCAGGGUAGCGUGCUCGAUGGACCGGACAGCCCGCCUCUGGUCGAGUCGCAGAUGCACCACCAAAUGCACACGCAACACCCCCACAUGCAGCCACAGCAGAGCCAGCACCAGUCGCAACAGCAGCAGCAUCUCCAGGCGCAGCAGCAGCACAUGAUGUACCAGCAGCAGCAGCAGUCGCAGGCGGCCUCGCAGCAGUCGCAGCCCGGCAUGCACCCGCAACAGCAGCCGCAAGCUCAGCAACACCAAGGGGUGGUCACGUCGCCGCUUAGUCAGCAACAACAGGCCGCGCCUCAGGGCGCGGCCAGCGCCAACCUGCCGAGCCCGCUGUACCCGUGGAUGAGAAGUCAAUUCGAGAGGAAACGAGGCCGGCAAACGUACACCCGAUACCAAACCCUCGAGCUCGAGAAGGAGUUCCACUACAACCGAUACCUGACCAGGCGGCGUCGCAUCGAGAUCGCGCACGCGCUCUGCCUUACCGAGCGGCAAAUCAAAAUCUGGUUUCAAAACAGACGGAUGAAAUGGAAGAAGGAGAACAAGUCGAAGGGUACACCUGGCUCGGGCGACGGGGACACCGAGAUCUCGCCGCAGACGUCGCCGCAGGGUUGAGAGAUCCCCGAGGAGUGGAACUUCCAAAGAGGUCUCAUCUCUCUCAGGGUCGUUAAUACCUUGUUUCCAGCACUACCUCCUCCCCCGUACACACACACACACACACACACACGCAUAUAUACGCCCCGAUCAAGUAUACACGCUCCGACAUACACCUUCAAAAGGAAAGGGAAAAGGAAAGAAUAAAAGAAAGAAGGAGAAUCGAACCCCACACACACACACACGCCCACCCACUACUCCCCACACACGCACACCUACUCGCCCCUCCCCCACUCAUACAGCAAUGACGCUUAUUUUCUGUCGUGUUAAUCAAGUUGCUCGUACCAAAAAUGGAAGAGGACAACGUCGUUAAAGGGAUAAAGAUAGAGAGAGAGAGAGUCGAGAGAAGAGAAAUUACCGACAGUGUGGAUGGAAGUGAAGACGUGAACAGGACGAUGACAAAGGGAUAAAGGAGCGAGAUUGCGAAACGAGGAAGGAUGCAUGGAGUGAAUAGAAGGAAAGUGGAGGGAGAGAGAGAGAGAGAGAGAAAGGUAACACACGAAAGAGUCGGAUGAAGAUUUAUAGGGACGUGCGAGAUCUUCUAAUAAUCACGGAAUGAAGAAAAGAAAAGAAAAGAAAAGGGAAUGGAUCGGAUAGGAGGAAAACUGGAUCACAUGCUAAUCAGAACCGCGUUAACCUCUGUUACAUUUAAUCGAAUGUAAUUGUACUAAAGCCUAUGAUUAUAAUAGAGAUAAUUUGGCAGAGAGAGAGAGAGAACGUAUGGAAGGGCGCGUGAGAGAAAGGAAUGGAGAGAAUGCGAGCGCGAGUGCGAGAAACAAAUAAUUAUACGUACUUUAAAAAAACGCGAGUGUCGUGAGUGUUGUAUAGCGAGAUUGUAACUGGGUUCUUGUAAUUGUAUAGUAGUGUAUGGAUGAGUAGUUUGAAAGCGUGUAAAGUGAUAUAUAUAUAUAAAGUAUAUAAAGUAUAUAUAUAUAUACAUAUAAAUAUAUAAAUAUAUAUACAAAUAUAUAAAGAGAAAUGGGGAUUUUACGAAGAGAAUGCGACGCGAGCGUGUGGCAAGUGAAUAUCUCGUUUUGAGAAAACGUUGUAUCGCGUGGAAAAAUUAUCCUUUAGGAAUAAAGCGUUUUAUUAUUUAUUCUCUUACACGUUGUACACGCGUAGAGUCCGUAGUGCGGUUAGAUCGGAAUAUAAGAAAAGGGGAGGAAAGAAAAAAAAAACGUGGAAAAUCUAGCGGAAAAAGGACGGUCGUCCAAAAAAUCGUGUCUCUAGUUAGCGAGUAGAUGAUGAACGGUUUAGUGUUCUAUAGAAGAUCGUUUAGAUAGGUUUUUUUCUCUAUGAUAACCGCGGUGGCUCAGAGCGAGGGUUAUUUAAAUAAAUCGCGAACGUGCCAAGUGUGAUCUUCGAAUGUGUGUUUCUCCAGUGCCGGGAGGAUUCAAAGGAACGGGGGGGAAAGUGCUUUGCCAAGGAAGACUCGGAUGGAACGGCUGCACACUUAACUUAACGUGGAGAAAUUAAUUGGAGAGAGGGACGAGAAAUUAAAAAUUGCGAUUUCGAUUAUUAAUUAAUCGUGGAUUAUUACCAGUGAAAUUUCAGUGUGUGCGCUUCAUGCAAUCGGUUAAAAUUCCAGUGAUUUUUUGGUGAUCGAUCGGAUCUGUCAAUAUACGCGCCAAUAGGAGGAAAUCCGUUUCUUCGGACAGUGUGCUGAUCGAAUGAAUGAGAAACAGUGCUGUUCUUAGGAGGCCUCCGACGGAGCAGAAUCGAAUCUACUUGACAUUUCUUCAUCAGUGUCGUCGCAAGGUCAGUUUAAAAAUUCUAUACUUAUCUUUCUGCAAAUUUUUUUUUUUCACAAUCAUGGAAUUUGUUCGAUUACUGUUUGAAGAACAUGUCAGAAUGGACUUUUAUUUAUUCUUGUCAGCUAAAAUAUUACGGGUAAUAUUUUAAUAAUAAUCGCUGUGUAUUAUAAUUGUGCAUUUGCAAUCAAAAGUAUGGUCAACUACUUGAAAGAAAGUGUUUCGCAAUAACGAAAAGAUACUCUUUUUGUCGUAAUUUUAUCUUAUAUCAUCUUUUAUAUUCAAUAUAAUAGUAUUCUAAUCUCAAUUUUACUUACAAGAUUUAUUACAACAUAUUAUUCGGAAAAUUUUAAACUUUCUUGCAAACACUUUUCAUCAAUGUAGAUGACGCCAUAAAAUGGAAGUAGUAUUUAAAAGAAUUGUUUCGCUAAUUCGUAUCGUUUAACUUCACUUACCACGUUUUCGUUCCCUUUGUAAAUAUUCGAACAAUGAAAGAGAGAGAAAAAAAGAAAAAAACCUACUUUGACGAGAGAAAUCCUCGAUAGAAUCAAAAUUCGGGGAAUCUUUGGGGGCGAGUGAUCAUUAAAAUUUUACCGCUGCUCCGUGAGAUACGAGGCCAAGUUACCAGUGAUGUAAUUCGUAGCAUAUUUUUGGAAUAGGAUGCUUUCGGCAUGAAACCGCUUGGCACCUUAACUUGCUCUCUAGAGAGCAGAGCCGCCGACAAAAGGCAUUAUCUAGCUCUUCUUUAAUUCAAAAAGUUUAUUCUGAAAGAGGAGAAAAUAUUUAAAAAAAUAAACGAAAUUAAAAAUCCGUUCUCGUUAUUUCAUCAAAACUAUCAUAGUAUUCGUCUUAAAAUCAAAUUUCACUCGCUCGUACCUUCACACCUAAAAUCAAUAUGAUUUUCUUAAAAUCGUAUCAAGUGAAAUAUACUUGAUUAAAAUAAUCUCCAUUUUCCAUUUUCAAUACGUAAUCAUUAGUCAUGUUCAAUGCGUGUCAAUUCAUAAUCGUUGCUUCGUUUCUUGCAUAUUCGAUAAAUUACGCAGCGGCUCUGUUCACGGAUAUCCCUGUCCAUCGAACGCAUGUUAAGCGUGCCAGGCAGUGACCAAACGCACCAUCUAUCGGCCUGGUUGACAAAUUCAUACGAGAAUCGAUGACAGGAUCGAUGACAUCGUUCUGUCGUCCAACCGGGCUGAAGACACGUCGGAGAACUUUGCCGCGGCGAAUUCUUGUGCUGUGUUGUAAAACUUAGAUUCGACAUUAAUUUAGUUUAUACCUUGUAUACACGCAAUUUAACGAUAUACGUAAUGAUAAUUAAAUACGUAAUAAUGUAUAAACGAUGACAACGGUGAAAAGACGAUAUUUAAACACAGCGAAUGAGAGAAAAAAGAAAAAAAAAAAAUAUAAAAAAAGAAAAGAGAAAAGGAGGAAAAGAAAAAUAUAGAUGUACAUAGGAGGAAAUAAUCUAGGGAUCUCGCAAACCUCGUUUACAUGUAGAUAGCAUGGAUUCGAAGAAUGUUCCCGUAGGACACGAAUAAUGUCUCGCGAACUUUCUUUUGGACCGUUCUCGCGUUAACGAGGAAAAAAAAAAAAACAAAAAAAAAAAACGAUCGUGAAAAAAAGGAAAAAAAAAUAAAUAAAUGGAAGAUAUAUGGAAACUGAUAUACGUAAUACAAUGGUCCAGCUCGCGCACGCGCAUCGAUUGAGCACCGGCCGGCCUUUCUUUCUCGAGAGAUUUAUUUAUGUAUAACUUUUUGUCCUUGAGGAGCAACGAACUGUGAAAAACGGAAGAUAGUCGACGAUCGCUCGCUGUCUCUUCUUUUUUUCUUCUUUUUUCGGGGGGAAGCGCCGAAACCCCGUACGUUUACGGUCAGGGGUCGUGAUUCUAAAUUGCUCGGGCAAAUUGGCGUCAAUUAAGCUCGAUAGCCCGUCGAGGGGCUUCGCGUCGCUGUCGGUAUGGGUUUUCGUGAAAGUUUCAAGGAAAGAGGAACACCGGCGAUAAAUAACGAAUCUUCGAUUUUCGUUCUGAUCUACUUACCUUGAAUUGUUUCCUCUCUUCUCUUUCUUUGUCUCGUUUUAUUGUUCAGCUAAGUCGAGUCGGUAAACGGUACAAGUUUUAGGUUAGGAAAAGGUUAUCUUUUGCCUCGCGAGUUACAUCGAAAGUUACUUAAUAAAAAUAUAUCCACUUUCCUUAUCGCGAUCGUUAUUGAAAUGAAUUUUAACAAAAAGAAUACAACACUUCCUUUUUCUGGUUAAUAUUUUCUCCGGCAAAUAUUCUCGACGACGCAUAUUCACCCAUAUUCGAACAAGUAUGUAACAUUUUUGUUUCGUUUCUCCGCCGGUGGUAGCUCUGUCUGUCUAAUCGAGAUCGAUCUCGAUUAAUUUGUUUUUGUCAUUCGAUCUAAUUUUUUUUGUUAUUUAUCUAUUUUUUUGAUCAUACAUCACGAUGAUUAUAAUAAAUUUUGUUUCUUGUUCAAAAUUGAAGUAGCUUCUCUCGUAAUAUUGAUUGCAAUGUUCGCGAUAAAUCGAUUAAUCUUACAUCGAUUCGGAUGAUAUUUUUUUGCACGUUUUACGGUAGAUAAGCGAGACAUGUGUUAAUUUAGACUGCAUUAAUCAGCGAUACCAUCUAUGUAGGUCAAGUAAUGGCCGGCAUUGAGACUUAGGGUGCGGCUUUCGAGACAAAGGAAGUAUUUAUUACCUUUGCGUCAUAGUAUCAACUGUUACGACAUAAUGGUCAAAGUGGAGGCAAAAUUUCACGCAUAAAUGCUUACAUGACAAACCGUUUCCAGAAACUUUUCGCAGCCGCUAGAUUGGCAACAUUAAUCCUCGUUUGGAAUUGAUUGGCAAAAACACGUUUGCACAUUGUUGUAUCUCAAUUCGUAAUUGCAUAUGUUCAUAGCAGAAAGUUAAAUCGAUCGAUCGGAAAUAUGUAUCUUUUUUUUACGAUUCUUUGUUUAUUCAAGGUCCCGUUCGGCGCGUACAAAUGAGAAAAAUUUGUUCGGUCUUUAUUGAUAAAUUUAUCACCGGUAUUUCUCUCGCAAGCAAAUCGUUCGUGACACGUGGAAAAACAGAAUUGUGCAAUAAUCACGCGACGCUGCUUUACGUGAUAAACCAUGCGGUUCUCAAUUAUAUUUAUUUAAUCAUCCGUCGUGUAGACAAAAUGCAAUUUUGAAAUCUGAGGGAAACAAAAAAAAGAGAAAUUAUCAAUAAAUCGAUAAAUUUAUCAUAUACCGCGAGCGAUCGCCGUGGAAAAUCAGUUUAGCUUAAAAUGAAAAUUUUGUAUCCAUCGGACUAGCGAACUAAUACUUAUAUAGAGUAAAAAUAUAUAUGUAUAAAUGCGGCAAAAAAAAAAAAAAAAAAGAAGAGAGAAUAAGGGGGGGAAAAAGGAAUUCCUAGAGUUAAUCGGAAUGUGUAAAAUGCAAAUUAUAUAUUUUAUCUUUACUCUUAUAUAUAGUCGCGUAAAAAUUAAACAGAUAUACGUAAUUUAAACGAGAAAUAAAAAAAAUGAAAGGAAAGAGAGGAAAGAAGCGUGUGUAUAUGUACCGUGAUUGUAUAUGUAGAGUUAAAGCGAAGAGGCAGAGGAUUAAGGAACAAGUGGGAAACGAGUGGAGAAAGAGAGAGAGAGAAAAAAAAAUAACAACAGUAAAACGUGUGUGUACGUACGAAGUGAGUCACUAAGCUAGCGCUUAAUCGAUAAGGUUAACGUUUAAAGCCUAAGUCUUAAGAUGAUAAUUAAAUAGAAUUAAGGAAACGGGCAUGUCGGUUGCAGCGUGUGGGGGCGGUGGUCGUGAAAAAAAAAAAAAAAAAAAAAAUAGAAAAUGAACGUCCGAUCGAGUAAACGCUUGGUCGUUGUUCUAUGUACCAUGGGCAAUGCGCAAUUAAGUAAUUAAUGUGGGGUUUGCGAUCGUGUAUAUAUAGUUAAUGUCUAUUUGGGGAGUUCGCAAGCACCAUUUAUCGGAUAAAGAACUUAAAAUGCUUGAUGAAAAAUAAGCAGCUUUUGGUAUCCUAUCGUGUAAUACGUAUUUAUUGAUAGCACGUUGCAUAUAAGGUGGAUUACCUUCAGUUUUUCGAUAAUUGUCCAAUAAAUAUUUUUUACUAUAUCGCGUGUAUAAUAUUAAUGAAUUAUUCUCGUCCAACGAACUGAAUGCGUUUAUAAUAGAAAAUAUCGUUUGAUGCAUUUAUUAUACAUAUUUUGAAUCAUGCUUACCACGUCCAGAUUAUUCUUAAGUGGAGAAAAGAUGUCACAAUUGGCGAUUAAUUAUAAAGCCGCGUCCUCACACGCCUAUGUACCGAAGAGUUCCUGACAACUUGUCAUCCUUCAGACAGGUUGCUAAUUUCGUAUAUCUUUCUAGGCAUUGUAUAUCUAUCAAAAUACGUAAAGAAAAAUGGGAACGGUAGUCCAUUGCCUCUCGUAUUUCAGUCGAAACAAAAUCUAUCAUUUCGAGUGCUGUAAUUUAAGAAACGUUCAUCAUGCCGUACAAUUCAAUUAACCGUCUUUUAUACAAAUAUAUAAAAAUAGCACUGAGCCAAAAAAAAAAGCACAAUUAAAAAACUUUGGAUUCACAACUUCAUAUCGAUAAAAUAGAAGAAAAUUCGCUACACUCGAUAAGAACACUCGAUAUAUUAUCUUUAAAGUUCUAUUUGACUGCGUAGUCUCAAUCGGUAUUUCCUUGUUAAUUUUCUUUUUCGGGAUCGUAUUUGGGAAAUAAAUCGAAAAACGCGUAAAAGUAGGAACUUAUGCUUUCACAUGCUCGUCAUUAUUGCUAAUGAAAAAAUUCAAAAUGCUCCUUUGUCACUGUACAUUCAACGCAUUUGUAAAUACAGUUAAUCGAUGCAGUAGCACAUACAACUUUCCUCGAUUAAAUUAAAAUAUCGUCAUUGUUUCGGACGAACAUUUUUCCAAUUCGAUAAAAAAAUUUUCUAAAAUUUGCGGUUUCAUUGAUAAUAAUUCCGUACUACGAAGACUGAUAAAUCCAAUAAAUACACGAUAAAAAUGUUAUUUUUCACGAUAACAGAAUUUAAAAGGAGAGAAUGGUAACGUGAGGUUCACUCGAUCGUGAAAUAAUUUCCUAACCUCGAGAUCGUUUAGAGAAUCGAUUCAAGAUUUUUACUUUUAGAAAUUCAUUGUCAAAGAAACAAUAGUACUUAUCGAGGGUGCUCCGAUUUUCUUUGAAAUGCGGCGAAAUAAGUCCUGUGUCAUGGGCCAGGCUGUUACACACGACAUUGUAAAUAAUUCCAUGCGAACGAAGCGAAAGGAUGAACGCAUCGAUAAAGUUUUUUUUAUCGGCGGGGCAAUGUGAAAGGCGACGUCUGACGUCGUGGCAUUGAAUCGCGAGCCGCGACCACUGUAUACGAUACCGCGUAGGUAAAGUAGGUACCUGUUAAAUAGACUAAAAAAAAAAAUGAUUACAAAGUUAAUGGUAGCAGAGAAACUAAUUAAUUACUAUUUAUUGAUACGGUACUGUAACGAUAUACGACGCAACGUCCCGGUGUACGGACGAUUCGACCACGUUCGACGAUCUGAUUGUCUGUAACCGUGACGAAGGAAAAUAGAGUAAAAAAGGAUGACAAUAUUAUUAAGAGCCGCCACGUUGUCGUCCCCCAGAUGUACUUGUGAUCGCUCCAGUGUGUAGCCGUUCUUAUGCUUUAUUUUCAAUGAAAUGCAAGAAAGGAUAAACACACACGACUGUUGUAGAUAUUUCACACCUGUACACACGUCUAUAUAUAUACACACCAUUUUCUGUAUUUAUAGAUUUCGAUACGUAUAUAGAUAUCUAUAUUUACAGAUUACGCAAAUAAUCGAUACCAAUGCGAUUUUGUGAAUAGAGCUUAAGAUGCCCCGUGGAGCCGGAAUUAUGUAUAUCAUUUUUUUUCGCUGCAUCGGCUGCACACUCGAGCCAUCAGUGUUACGUGGACACAUUGCUCCGACCGAGCCGGUAGAACAUUACAUGUACAUGUUAUAUUAUACAGGAACAUAUUACACACAUACACACGAAACAGCCGCGCACGGACGCACGUGCACACAUAUACGCAGCAGUACACGCCCAACACACAAAAAAAAAAGACCGGGUACAACGCAUUCGUUCGAAACGGUUAUGCGCGAUGCGGAAGAAAGAAGAAAAAAAAAAAAAGGAAAAAAAAGAGAAACUCAUUUUUAGAUAGGUGUGUGCCUACAGGCCGAAAAAUACGUAGGCACUUUACCGAAGUAUAAGUGAAGGAAAAGAUGAUAUAAAUAAAUGAAUCUAUAUAUAUAUAAAUAUAAAUUAUAUAUAUAUAUUUAAAUAUAAAUAUAUGGAAUAUAAAUAUAAAUAAUAAAAAUAUAAUAGUAUUACGAAUUAUGAUAAACGUAUAUAAUUAUUUUGUAGUGUCCCGCAUUAUGUAAACUAAAUGUACACAUGAGAGAGCGAGAGAGAGAGAGAGAAAGCGAGAGCGAGAGAGAGCGAAAGAACGAGAGAGAGAGAGCGCGCGAGAGAGAGCGUGUGAGAGAGAGAGAGAGAGCAGAAGAGAAAAAGAAAAAAAAAAUGUAUGCCAGCGAACGAUGUUGAUCAUGAUGACGACGAUGAUGAUGGCGAUGAUGGGUAAACGACGAUUACGAAAUAAUAACGAUUGCAAAUCGGACGAACGAUACAUUACGAUACACGCGAAUGAGAUAUGUAUUAAUGAGUAACGACAGCGACGAUGACGAUGGGAAACGAUAAUAGUAUUAUACGCUAUCAUGUCGACAAGUCUAAACCGUAUUGUAUUAUAUUAUAUAAGAGUCUGUCCAUAUUAAUAAUAAUUAUAUUAAUUAUAAUAGCUGUGUUUGAAAACGAGAAAUAAAUUGUGGUUGAAUAUGAAAAUCGAA